AUGAAAAAAGAGAAAAUUUUCCCGUAUUCAGAACGGCCAGGCAAGCGAAGUCACCGAAUCCCGCUUCCUCAGGCCCCAGCUUCGAAGUCCUGGCUCCACCGCUGCCGCCUCCUCCUGCCAACCUUCUCACAACCCAAUGGUCCGCUCCGCCGUAACCUGGCUGCCAACGCAGCGCUGCAGUGGCUGGACGACGAGCUCGCGUCGCUCGCGCUCCCCAAGCUCGACUCCUACGCGUGCGCAAAGCUCCUGCAGCGUUGCAUCGCUCGUGGUGACGCCCGCGCCGGCCGCGCCGUGCACGCGCGCGUCGUGCAGCGCGGAGGGGUGGCGCAGCUGGACACCUUCUGCGCCAACAUCCUUCUCAACCUCUACGCGAAGCUCGGCCCACUAGCCGCCGCGCGUAGGUUGUUCGACGGAAUGCCGGAGCGGAAUAUGGUGUCCUUCGUCACGCUCGUGCAGGGCUCCGCUCUGCGUGGGGAGUUUGAGGAGGCCGUGGAGUUGUUCCGAAGGCUGCAGAGGGAAGGCCACGAGGUGAACCAUUUCGUGCUCACCACGAUCCUGAAGGUGCUGGUCGCCAUGGAUGCUCCUGGGCUUGCCCGCGGCAUCCACGCCUGUGCGUGCAAGUUGGGCCAUGACAGGAACGCCUUUGUGGGGACAUCACUGGUUGAUGCCUACUCGCUUUGUGGGGCCGUGUGUCAUGCGAGGUGCGUGUUCGAUGGGAUCGUCAGGAAGGAUGCUGUCACUUGGACGGCCAUGGUUUCUUGCUAUUCUGAGAAUGACAUUCCAGAGGAUGCGCUUAAUACUUUCUCCAAAAUGAGGAUGGCAGGUGCGAAGCCUAAUCCUUUUGUGCUUACCAGUGUGCUCAAGGCCGCAGUUUGCCUGUCAUCCACUGUGCUAGGCAAGGGCAUCCAUGGUUGUGCAGUCAAAACACUUUAUGAUACUGAACCUCAUGUUGGUGGUGCCUUGCUUGAUAUGUAUGCCAAAUGUGGAGACAUUGAGGAUGCCCGCACUGUUUUUGAGAUUAUUCCCCAUGACGAUGUCAUACUCUGGAGCUUUCUGAUAUCCCGUUAUGCUCAGAACUAUCAGAAUGAACAGGCCUUUGAGAUGUUCCUCAGAAUGAUGCGGUCUUCUGUUGUGCCAAAUGAGUUUAGUUUGUCCGGUGUUCUGCAGGCUUGUGCUAAUAUCGCCUUUUUGGAUCUGGGCGAGCAAAUUCAUAACCUUGUUAUAAAGUUAGGCUAUGAGUCUGAACUAUUUGUUGGCAAUGCACUCAUGGAUCUGUAUGCGAAAUGCAGAAAUAUGGAAAAUUCACUUGAGAUCUUCACGUCAUUAUGGAAUGCCAAUGAGGUGAGCUGGAACACAAUUAUUGUCGGCUACUGUCAGUCUGGUUUUGCAGAAGAUGCUUUGAGUGUGUUCCAGGAAAUGCGUGCUGCGCAUAUGCUCUCAACUCAAGUUACAUUCUCUAGUGUGCUCCGGGCUUGUUCAAAUACAGCAUCCAUCAAACAUGCUGUCCAAAUUCACAGCUUGAUUGAGAAAUCAACAUUCAAUAAUGACACAAUUGUUUGCAAUUCACUGAUUGAUACAUAUGCUAAGUGUGGAUGCAUUAGGGACGCUCUGAAGGUAUUUGAAUCUAUAAUACAAUGUGAUGUAGUUUCAUGGAAUGCCAUAAUCUCAGGAUAUGCUCUCCAUGGACGAGCCACGGAUGCUCUGGAACUUUUCGACAGGAUGAAUAAAAGUGAUAUAAAGCCAAAUGAUGUCACCUUUGUUGCUCUCCUGUCCGUCUGUGGUAGCACAUGCUUAGUCAAUCAAGGACUCUCUCUGUUUAACUCUAUGACGAUGGAUCAUAGAAUCAAACCAUCUAUGGAGCAUUACACUUGCAUUGUUAGGCUUCUGGGACGUGCUGGCCGUCUAAAUGAUGCUCUAAAGUUUAUUGGGGAUAUUCCUUCAACACCAUCUCCUAUGGUUUGGCGAGCCUUGCUUAGCUCAUGUGUAGUCCAUAAGAAUGUAGCUCUGGGAAGAUUUUCUGCAGAGAAGGUGCUUGAGAUUGAACCACAUGACGGGACAACCUAUGUCUUACUGUCAAAUAUGUAUGCUGCAGCCGGAAUUUUGGAUCAAGUUGCUCUUUUGAGGAAAUCAAUGAGAAACAUAGGUGUAAAGAAAGAGGCUGGUCUUAGUUGGGUUGAGAUCAAGGGAGAAGUUCAUGCCUUUUCAGUGGGAUCAGCAGACCAUCCAGAUAUGCGGAUGAUAAAUGCAAUGCUGGAAUGGCUAAACCUGAAGGCUAGGAGGGAAGGUUAUGUUCCAGACAUAAACGUAGUAUUGCAUGACGUGGAUGAGGAAGAAAAAGCUCGCAUGCUAUGGGUGCAUAGUGAGAGGCUGGCUUUAGCAUAUGGCCUUUCUAUGACACCUCCUGGCCAUCCAAUACGGAUAAUGAAGAAUUUGCGUUCCUGCUUGGACUGCCAUACCGUGUUUAAGGUUAUAUCUAAAAUAGUUCAACGGGAAAUCAUCGUUAGAGAUAUCAAUCGCUUUCACCAUUUUGAGGAAGGAAUAUGCUCCUGUGGUGAUUAUUGGUGA